UGAAGAGAGUUACAAUGUCACAGAUUAUUCUCUAAGGGACCAGCUGGUGGUACAACAAUGCGACAGCGAGGACCUGACUUCUUCUCCUGUAAAGAACACUUCGACGAUGCUCUACUCGCGGCAGAGCUCUGCAGCUCACCUCUUCAGGCUGGCGGUGCUCAGUAACCACGCAGGAGAGAAGGUGGAGAUGCUCCUGGGAGCAGAGACUCAGAGUGACAGAGCUCGCUGGAUUACGGCGCUGGGGCAGGACAGAGACCGGCAGCAAACGGACAGGACGACUUUGACUCAGGUAGAGAUCAUCAGAACUUACACAGCAAAGCAGUCGGAUGAACUGUCUCUUCAAGUGGCUGAUGUUGUUUUGGUUUAUCAACAAGUAAAUGAUGGCUGGUAUGAAGGGGAACGCCUGCGGGAUGGGGAAAGAGGCUGGUUUCCCAUGGAGUGUGCUAAAGAAAUCACGUGUCGUGCCACGAUCGACAAGAACAUGGAACGGAUGGGACGCUUACUGGGACUUGAAACCAACGUGUAG